AUGGCACCUUCGGUGAGCAAAGAAGAACUAAUGAGAAAUACUGACUCUGUAAUUUGGGGAUUCAGUGGUGGAACUGCAACUCCAGAACUGGAUGAUACUCAGAAAAUAUGUGAAAAAAUCUGGGCAGCUCUCAACAGCCGUGUGUGCAAUGUCGUCAUUGUGAUAUUUGUGUUUGCUGAAGGUGUUGUGGUUUUAUCAGAAUUGUUGAUAGAUCUGGAUGUUGUGCAAGAUCCUGAAUGGAAACCAAAGAAUGUCAACUGCAGCCAAAAUUCUUCCAUACUGCCAAGUGAAAACAUUAGCCCACGAAUCAAAAAAGCAAAAGAGGCAUUUUCGUUGUGUAGCAUCAUUCUUCUAACCAUUUUCAUAAUUGAGGUGAUAUUAAGAAUUGUAACUGGCAAAACAAGGUUCAUUGUUCAAGGUGUUGAGGUUUUUGAUGCCAUAGUGGUUCUUGUAGCAUUUGGCUUAGAUGUUACGUUUUUCAUUGCCCCAUCCAAACUAAGUGUGGGGAAGAAGUCUGCAGUCUUGAUAAUUUUAUUAAGGUUAUGGCGAAUCAGCAGCAUUCUUCAAAGUGUUAUUGCAUCUGCCAAAGCAAAUUUAUCAAAUAUAAUCAGCAUUUAUCAAAAAGAAAAAGUGCAGUCAGAUCAUAAAGUUGAUCUUCUUAUUCUUAAAGUAGAAGAUUUAGAGCACGAAGUAGCAUAUUUGAAAGAAAAAUUGAAAAAAACUGAAAAGGAGCCUUUAUUUCUGAAGCGCAGAAAAGCAAAAGAAUCAUCCUCUUUGCCUUUCCCGCUUCCUUCUUCAAUUAUUAUUCCUUCUGAAACAUUCCGAUUGCCUACUUCUCAGUCUUUGAACACCGACUGCCACAGCCCUUUCCAAGUCAGAGAACUGAAAGACAAAGUUACUAUAUUUGCCGAAAAUGCAGCAACUAUUAUUGUUGAUGAAGCCCUGCUAUUAGCUUCCCACAUUCGUUCUCCCAGUGAUCUACCCCCACCAAGAGUAGCAAGCCCUACGAGGAUUAGACAGAAUGCUAAACUACGCCGACGUCCAGAUGGAAGUAUCGAGAGUGGUUACGGUUCGGCCUCUGGCUCCAUAAAUUGGAGCAAAUCCCGACUGCUCACUAAGUCUGAAGAAGAAAAACAAUCAGUGCCACUUGCUGCUAUUAGGGACAGCCUGAAGUGUCCUGAAAGUAGUCCUGAGAGUGGCUAUGGAUCAGGAGGUUCUGCUCACAACCCCAGUGUCGAUGCAACUAGUCCCAAUGUCGUGGAUGAAUUGGGAAAGGUUCCUCAAGUGAGAAAUUCCAGACUUGUGGGCACAGUGUUUCUCUUCCCCGAUGCUUGUCCUGCGGAGGCAAUUAACUUACAAGACGUAAAGAUCAAUGUCUUGGAUGAAAAGUCGGAAAUUGAGAGGAUAAGGCAUGUGGAGUUUAAUCCAAGCAAGUUAGAUAAGGGAGUACCAAUGACAUCACUGUGAUUUCAAUGGUGAAUUCAGAUAUGCAGAGUUGAAAACCUAACUGUGUUCACCUGCUUAAGGCAGCUAUUUAACUUUUGAAAUUUAGAUGUUAUCCAUUGCACAUCUCCCCUUUGAUGGCCCACUUUGAAUGGCGUACUUCUCAUCAAAUAUGCUGUGAAGAAAAAGUCUGGGAGAAGUAUAUCCACCUAAACUCGUUGGCUUUCGUAAUCAAUGUUGACACUUAAAUAAUAAUGUCGAAAAUGAAUUAGCAGUCAUCUUAAAAAAAUUAUCAGUUUUUAUGCUCCUCUAUUCUUAUGUCAUCACAUUGUUAAAUACAAUGCUGCUGUGAAUUGGCAGUAUUGCGCGAAACAGGGUUGCUUAGCAAUAAAUAAAAAAGCUAAGAAGUGUUAAAGAAACAUUAGAGAGAAAAUAAAGAGUAAGUCAAAAUUUUAAGAGCUUUUAAAAACAUUUUUUUAUGCAGUCAUUAAAAUAAUUACUUUUAACAGCUUAUCGGCUAAAAUAAACAAUCAAGUAAUUUUUCAUAAUUACUAAAAAACUUUCAGUUCUUACCCUUUGAUUUAAUGCAUAAAAUUAGAGUGACUUCACCGAUAUCAUUGCUGGCUCUUGAUUAUUCUUUACAGUUGAUUACGGAAAUGCAAAAUUAUUUUUA